AAAAUAAGCGGAUAUCACAGUGACUUCACUUCCGAUGCAAAUUUUACUACUGUAAAAUAUUUUUUUUGUGCUGAUACGAAUUACAUUAAACUCACAAUUUUACACUCAGGAUCGUGUUUGGUGCUAUAAAAAGAACGAAGGACGAGUUCACGUAGGGCCCUGGGACCUGAAAGUAGGCUACUAUGUCCGCGGAACUGGACCUUUCGCCCCCAGAGGUACCUGAACCCACUUUGCUUGAGAGUCUCCUGCGCUAUGGACUCUUUCUGGGAGCUAUUUUCCAACUCAUCUGCAUCUUGGCUGUCAUAAUACCGACCUCCAAGGGGCAUGAACAGGAGGAGACUGAGCCAAGUGACAUGAAGGCUGGUGACCAGAAUAAGAAGUCAAAAGGACCUGCGCCUCAGAUUCGCCAGAAACUAAAGAAAGAGAGCAAGAAGAAGCGAUAGGUGUGUCGGAUUUUGUGCACCCAAAAUUAUUGUUACAUUUCAAAUUAUGUAAACUGAAUCAAUUUUGUUCUAUCAAAUUCAACGAUGUCUCUACCAUGAUUUAUGAAAGAACAGAAGUGUAUUUGAAUAACUUUUAUUCAACUAGUCUGCUAUCAAAUGUCAUUUGUCAAUCUAAAACUUGUAAAGGCCUAAACACAACCAAAAACUUUGGGGACGUACUGUGCAUUCAGAAAGUAUUCACAUUCCUUGACUUUUCUCAAAACAUUGUGUUACAAAGUGUAAGUUCUUGUCAAUGAUAUACACACAUACUCUGUAAUGUCAAAGUCGAUGUAUGAUUUGUUUAAUUAAUAAAAAAUAAAUGCUAGUAUAUCUUGAUUAUA